AUGCAACUGGCCCACUGGAAGCCAGACUGUGCCUCCCAGCAGUGUGAUAGUUGCGCCAAGAAGUUCGAGUUUUUUCGUCGCCGGCACCACUGUAGGCUCUGUGGCGGGAUAUUUUGCUACAGCUGCUCCAAUGCGUUUCUCCCAGGCGAUUUGAUACUGCUGCGGUGGCUGGACGUCAAUGGGCACAGGGCGGCUGCCGCGAAAACGGCAGCGGUCGACGCGACGGUGUCCGAUAAGAGGCUGGAGACGAUGAUGGAGCGGCAUUUUCCCACCAGUCCCUACCCCGGUGGGUUUUCGCUGCCGCCAACAACGACGACGCUGCAGCGGGUGUGUGCGCGGUGCUUCGACGACGUCGAGGUGCACGCAGGCCUGCACACGGGGACACGGAGCCGGGGGGCGCACGGCGGCGCCUUCGCUGAGGCGGGACGGGGCGGCAACUCCGCCGUGCACUUGCGCAGUCCGGGCGACAGACGCGAGUCGUUGGUCGGGGGCCGCGAACGUAAGGUGUGUGUGAUACUGCUGCAAGGCAGCGGCGUGGUGGAGAGCGGCGAGCGCACCGACCCCAGGGAGCUCUUCCACGCAUUGGGCCAGCUGACCAUUCAGGCCAAGUCUCACUCCUCCCAGGGCAACCCGAGCAGCAAGGAAACCACGCCUUCACUCGGUCCUUCGCUAAGCUCGGCGUCCGAUCUUUCUGGCAGUGAAAAGAACCUUUUUGGUACUUCUGUGGGGGGAAGAACGCCAACGGCAACGCCAAGAACAGGUCAGCAGUCUUUCUGUAGACGCUUCUCAGCCACGAGCACACCGACAAAGUACCGGAAGAAGAUUGUUUUGCAGGUGCCGCUGCCAUUGAACACAUCUGAUCCCACUCGCCUCUCCCCAGCCUCUGCGGUGCCCAAUUUGUCGGUGCGGAUCCAGCUGGUUGGUAUCACCCAUCGACACGGCUUUGACAAGGCACUACUGCAGCAGCACACCAUUGGUACAGAUGCGUAUGUUAUUUUGCUGGACGGAGAGCCUGGCUCUCCCUUGGAUACGCCUAAGAUACCAGGCGUUUGUAGUGGCUUUGGGAAUGGAACAACUUUAUCCUGCCCUACGCCCCACUCGGGCAACACUAUCCUGGCUCCGACGAUAUCUAUAUUCCCCCACUCAUUGGAAACGACGCAAGCACCACCCCCAGAGGCGAUGCCACCCACGAUUGGUGCGGCGUACGAUCGUUCCUUCUCUGGUAACUUGAUGGAAAGUGCCCGCGCCGUGUGGGAGGCGAUUGGACGGUAUGGCGGAGACACGCCCAUCUGUGCCGUUAUUGAUUGUGCAUCGUGCACCAGCCCAGGAAGCCCGGAGUUGGCUGCGGCCCCUGCUCCAUCUGGGUGCAGCAGCACUUCGCAGACGGGCGGCGGCGUGAACCCUCGCUGCCAUAACGACAGACACCAAAGGAGUGUGCCCGUGGAGGUUCAGGCGGCUGCGCUGCAUAGGGCCCUCCUCCUUCUUACCGAUGAGGUUCUCCGGCGUGACAUAAUGCGGCGAAAAGGCUGA